UCCUGAGCAGAACAGGCUGGCGGAGCUGGAGGAGCAGGCCAAGUCCGCCAAGAAAGGCAUGUGGAGCGAAGGCACGGGCUCGCACACCGUCCGGGAUCUCAAGUACACCAUCGAAAACCCCCGCCACUUUGUCGACUCCAUGCACCAGAAGCCGGUCAAUGCCAUCAUCGAGCACGUCCGCGACGGCAGCGUGGUGAGAGCCCUCCUCCUCCCCGACUACUACCUGGUCACCGUCAUGCUCUCGGGCAUCAAGUGCCCCACGUCUCCAGCUGGCGCGAGCUGCGGGGCCUGGUCCAUCGCCGUGUACACCCGCGGCGCCGACAAGCUGCGCGCCGCCGAGCGGUACGCCAAGGAGCGCAAGCUGAGGAUCUGGAGGGACUACGUGGCCCCCACGGCGAACCUGGACCAGAAGGACAAGCAGUUUGUAGCCAAGGUGAUGCAGGUGCUGAACGCCGAUGCCAUCGUGGUGAAGCUGAGCUCCGGCGACCACAAGACCAUCCACCUCUCCAGCAUCCGCCCGCCCCGGCUCGAGGGCGACAGCGCGCAGGACAAGAACCGCAAGCUGCGGCCGCUCUACGACAUCCCCUACAUGUUCGAGGCCCGGGAGUUCCUGCGCAAGAAGCUCAUCGGGAAGAAGGUGAACGUCACCGUGGACUACAUCAACAUCGCCGAAGCCCUGGUCAGCAAGGGCCUGGCCACCGUCAUCCGCUACCGGCAGGACGACGACCAGCGCUCCUCGCACUACGACGAGCUGCUGGCCGCCGAGGCCCGGGCCAUCAAGAACGGCAAGGGCUUGCACAGCAAGAAGGAGGUGCCGAUUCACCGGGUGGCCGACAUCUCCGGGGACACGCAGAAGGCCAAGCAGUUCCUGCCCUUCCUGCAGCGCGCCGGCCGCUCCGAGGCCGUGGUGGAGUACGUCUUCAGCGGCUCCCGCCUCAAGCUCUUCAUGCCAAAGGAAACCUGCCUCAUCACCUUCCUGCUCGCAGGUAUCGAGUGUCCGCGCGGCGCCAGGAACCUGCCGGGGCUGGUGCAGGAGGGAGAGCCCUUCAGCGAGGAGGCCACGCACUUCACCAAGGAGCUGGUGCUGCAGCGCGAG